CGAUUGGCUGCUGGUGGCGCGGAAGGCCGGCGUUACGAAGAGGGGGGCCGGUAGCGCUUUCACGCCGGACGCAUUAGAGACCAUGCAGGACUAUCAGAACUUGCCAAUUGACAUACAGACUAGCAAGCUGCUUGAUUGGCUAGUGGACAGAAGGCACUGUAGCCUGAAAUGGCAAGGCCAGGUCCGCACUGUCCGCGAGAAGAUUGUCUUGGCCAUGCAAGACAUGCCUGAGAAUGAAGAGAUCAAGCAGCUUCUCUCUGGUUCCUAUAUUCACUAUUUUCACUGCCAGCAGAUUGUGGAAAUCCUUAAGCGGACAGAAGCCUCCACGAAAAACAUCUUCGGUCGUUACUCUUCUCAGCGUAUGAAGGACUGGCAAGAAAUAGUAUCGCUGUAUGAAAAGGAUAACACCUACUUGGUAGAACUGGCCAGCCUCCUGGUGCGGAAUGUCAGCUACGAGAUCCCAUCCCUCAAGAAGCAGAUCAGCAAAUGCCAACAACUGCAGCAGGAAUACAGCCGCAAGGAGGAGGAGUGCCAGCUGGCAGCCGCCGAGACGAGGGAGCGCUUCUACAGCUCCUGCAAGCAGUAUGGCAUUACGGGGGACGACGUACGCCAGGAGCUUCUGGCUUUGGUGAAAGACCUGCCAUCACAGCUUGAUGAGACUGGGGCUGGUGCCAAGGGGCUUUUGGAAGCCAUCAACCUAUACCAGGCCUGUGUGCAGUUUGUGUGUGACAGUUCUGCAGAACAGGUUGUCCCCUUACUGAGGCAUGUGCAGGCUCUGGGCAACACCACCGUGUAUGAGUGGAGGCGAGGGGUGAAGCCAACCGCAGUGGAGCGGCCAAAGGCUGUGGAAGUGAAUGAAGCCGUCGAGGAGGAUGCGAUUGACUGGGGCGACUUUGGAGACGGAGCAGAGUCAGCGUCUGCCCCUGAAGUGGUUGAUCAUGGGAUCUCUGUUGGAGAAGGAAGUGAGGAGAUAGACUGGGGUAUUUCUCUGGAGUCAGAUGCCCAGGAGAGCAGCGCUGCAGCCAUAGACUGGGGAGAUGGGAGUGAUGACGCAGCUCAGAUCGUGGUGUUGGAGGCUGGCAGUGAGGCCCCAGAGGGAAUUGCACGAGGACCUGAUGCUCUCACCGUCCUGGAGACCCCAGAGACCAGGAAUCAAUUCAUUGAUGAGCUCAUGGAGCUGGAGAUAUUCCUUUCCCAGCGCAUUGCUGAGACAAGCGAAGAGGCAGACAUCCUAGCUGUGAGCCAGUUCCAACUAGCGCCAGCCAUUCUGCAAGACCAGACCAAAGAGAAAUUGGAGGCCAUGGUUGCAGUCAUCCAGAAUCUUCUUGGCCGGUUGACCAGCUUGAGAAUGCAACAUCUUUUCAUGAUCCUUGCCUCCCCGAGAUAUGUGGACCGUGUGACCGAGCUCCUUCGCCAGAAGUUGAAGCAGGCCGACCUGCUCCUCCUGAAGAAGGAGCUGAUGGUUCAGAAGCGGCAGGAGGCACUGGAAGAGCAGGCCAACCUGGAGCCAAAACUUGACAUUCUUGUGGAGAAAACCAGAGAGCUGCAGAAACUGAUUGAAGCAGACAUCUCUAAACGGUACAACGAGCGACCUGUGAACCUGAUGGGUGCCUUUGUCUGACUCCUUCUCCCCACAUGCAAAAUACACCUUGGACAUCCCUUGUGUGGUUGCAGCAGGUGGCAUCAACCACAUACCCACAACCAAAGGGAAGGGAGGCCAAUUGGUCUUCAGAUUCCAGGAGCGAGGGUUGGCUGGUUGGGACGGCUUCCUGGACUUGUCCCACAUAGAGCUUUUAGCGCUUGUUAGCAGGUCCCCGAUGGAUAAAUAAAGCUGCUGUCUCCAUUCCAAUUCUGGUGUCAACCUUGCAUUGCCCUUUGGCCAAGGAAGGUACAAGAUUCCCCAGAGACACACCCCAUCUUAAACCUUUUCCGUACACCCCAAGGAAACCAACUGCACCCACUAAUCUGGUAACAGUGACCCCUGGCGUGGCACUGCAGUCGUGGAUCUUUGCUUGGCCUUGGGAUAGACGCUGCCGCUGUGGGAGAAACCUCACCGCUGGCGAGUUGCACACACUGUCCCUCAAACAGCACUGCUGGGAUGCAAACCCCUUUCACAGGAUCCAUUGAACUGUAGAGUUGGAAGGGACCGCGAGGGUCAUCUAUUCCAACUUCCUACAACACUUUCGCUCGAACCCACGACCCUGAGAUUAAGAAUCUCAUUCUAUACUGACAAAAGCUGAGGAACCUUUUUUUCAGUUUGAGGGCCUCAUUCCCUUCUGGGCAACUUUCCAGGGGCCACAUGACAGUGGUGAGCCAGCAAAGUAAAAGGCAUGAUCAAAGUUCGAGGACAGGUUCUAGCCAGGCAAAAACACUCUAGGAGGAUGCAGAGCAGGUCCAGCAGGGGGUGUGGCCUGGGGUGAGUCCUAAGGGCCAGCCAGAGAGGUUUGGAGGGCCGCGUCCCCCCCC